AUGGCAACUUUUCUAGGCAAAGUGGUUCAGCCCCAGAAAUCUAAGUUAUGUGAUUCACUAGGCGGCCCCCCGGUGACAGCCCAGAGAAUCCGAUUAAAGGAUGGGAGGUGGCUCGCUUACUCGGAGACUGGGGUGCCUAGGGACAAAGCCAAGUUUAAGAUCAUCCUUGCCCAUGGCUUUACUGGCUCCAGGCUCGACCUUCUCAGAGCUUCUCCUGAAAUAAUAGAAGAGAUGGGCAUAUACAUGGUCUGUUACGACAGAGCCGGGCAUGGGGAGAGUGAUCCAAACCCUAGGAGAUGGUUGGGAAGUGAAGCCUCUGAUGUUGAAGAGCUUGCAGAUGCUUUAGAGCUGGGCAAGAAGUUUUAUGUGGUGGGAACUUCGAUGGGUGGUUACGUAGCUUGGGCAUGCCUCAAGUACAUACCAGACAGAUUGGCAGGAGCAGCACUGCUUGCGCCUGUUAUAAAUUAUAGGUGGCCUGGAUUCCCCAAGGAUUUGUCGAAGGAGGCUUACUAUCAACAGGCGGUGGGAGACCAGUGGCUACUGAGAGUGGCAUACUAUGCUCCAUGGUUGCUAAAUUGGUGGGUGAACCAAUCUUGGUUACCUUCUCCCACAGUCAUCCAAGGCAACACUUUCCUCCCCAAUCACCUAGACUCUCAGUUUCGCGAUCGAGCUAUAUCCUCAGGGAUUUUCCAUCAGAGGAGGAACAUAUCUACCCUACAAGGUGAACAUGAGUCGUUGCACCGGGACUUAAUGGUGAUGUUUGGGAAGUGGGAAUUUGAUCCAAUGGAUCACUUGCUGCCGCCAUCUUUUCCAGUUCACCUUUGGCAAGGAUGCGAAGAUGGCAUCGUGCCAGCCAGCCUACAAAAGCAUAUAAGCCAGCGUGUGGGUUGGAUCAAGUAUCAUGAAGUCCCAGAUGGUGGACAUUUCCUGAAUGCCAUACCAGGAUUUGAUGAUCAUCUUCUCAAAACUCUACUGCUUCAGCCUUGA